AUCAGGCAGUAAUUAUUCCAUAAUGGCUGACAGUUUGACCUGGUAUUCCGUUUUCCACAGAGAACAUGCCAUGUUGUGAAAAUGGUUCUUAAAGCCUUUUCAUUCGGCCAACGAAUGGACUAGCCAGUUAAACAGGUGAACUUUACACGCUUCAAUUGAUAAAUCUGUCUACAGACACUGUAUGACAGGUCACCGAUUAGUAUAUUAUACCUCAACAAAAUUGGCAUUUCAUUUCUACUUAACGACGGCUAUCCAAUUGAUGAAAGAUCAGUGGCGUGUUUAACUGCGCUCAUGGUUCCAUAUGAUUGGGCAGCUGUAUGGGAUGCGAUGCUUCGCUCACUUGGAGCAUCAAAUGCACCUGUCCGGAUGAUAACGAAAAGUGAGCUCUCUAAAUACAACGGGGAAGUCAAUCGCCCAGGGUUAUACGUGGCAGUUUUGGGACAGGUAUUUGAUGUAAAUAAAGGACGCAAACAUUACGGCCCAGGUGGAGGUUACCAUUUCUUUUCAGGUAAAGACGCAUCCAGAGCAUUUGUGACUGGGGAUUUCACAGAAGCGGGACUGACUGAUGAUGUGUCUGACCUUUCCCCCUCUCAAAUUGUGGCUCUGUAUGACUGGCUGACGUUUUAUCAAAAGGAUUACACCCCAGUUGGAAGGGCGGAGGGCUAUUUCUACAGCGCUGAUGGGGAGCCCACGGAGGCCCUGCGGCAGGUGGAGGUGGCCUUAGAGCAAGGCCUGCAGCUCAAGGCCCAGGCCCAGGCCCACAGUGUGCAGUACCCGCCCUGCAACACAGAGUGGAGCUCCGCAGGGGGACGCGUCUGGUGCUCCACACAGAGUGGCGGUGUGAAAAGAGAGUGGGUUGGCGUUCCAAGGAAGCUCUUCUCUCCUGGUUCCAGCCGCUCUCGCUGUGUGUGCCUGCAGCAGGAGCUCAGCCGCUCGGACAACCCCAACCUGCAGGAGUACAGCGGCUGUCCAGCUGAGGCAGAAUCCUGCUUUGUCAGGGAACACUGAACUAGCACAGACAUUUCAAUCACACAGUCCCUCUUAAUCCUAAUCUGAAAUUCUUGAAGACUGAAAGUUUUUAUCACUGGUUGAAAAUAAAUGUUUUAGUAUGUCA